AUGGCUGUCAAAGGCGCGACUGUUGACAAGGACGUCAACGGCCCCAUGGUCCAGGCCCACCCCAGUGGCGAGAACCUCACCCUCACCGGCACCGUCGAGGAGGUCCUCAAGGAGCUCCGCACCGUCAACCCCGACUACGGCCAGGAGUUUGGAAUCACUGCUCUGACUUCCACCGAGGCCAUCGACGCUGCCAUCGAGUCUGCCGUCACCCAGGCCGACGAUACCUUCAAGGACACCCCUGUCAACUGCGCCGGCUACGACGAUGCCGAUCGCAAGCGCCACGCCCAGGGUGCCCACUACCUUCUCGACAUCAAGGGCAAGCCCACUCUCGGCCCUGGCCCCGGAAGCUGUGACCGUGUCAGCUCCAGCUGGAACUCUGCCAUCCACUGGUGCAACAUGCAAGGCAAAGACCCCAACUCCUUCAAGGAGAUCUCCGAUGGCGCCUACUACGUCAUUGAGAAGUGCUACCGCGGUGUUGGCACUCUUGUCAGCAGUCGUGCCUUACACAAGGACAAUUGGACCGUUGUCGCUCGCUGGGAUCGUUGCUAA